GUUUGGCCAUAAAAAAUACCCAUCCAGCUCUCACAAACUCCACUUUCUCUUUCUUCUUCAUCUUCAUCCUCAUAAUUUAUUCAUCCAUACCCUUCUCUUUUCUCUUCCCCCUCUCUGAAUUACAAUUCUCAAAAGCCUAAAAAGUUAGAGAGAGAAAAACUCACGCACAGAGCAAUAAUUCACUUUUUCUUUCCAGAUAUCCCUUUCUCUUUCCCCCCCUCCCUCUCUCUCUUUCCAGUUCGUCCUUCCCAUAGCACCCAUUCUCUCUUUCUCACCCCCAUCAUCACUGUCGCGGAGACAACGAUCUCAAGUUCAAUUCUUGAGGAAAAUCUGGACACUAGAAAAUAGGAGUAAAAAAACAUCUUUUUUGGCCUUUUCUGAAUCAGUGACAAAGAAAGCUUCCUGGAAAUGUCUAGCUCUGCAAAAUUGGACCCUGCAUUUCAGGGAGCGGGUCAGAGAGUAGGAACUGAGAUUUGGCGAAUUGAGAACUUUCAGCCCAUACCAUUGCCAAAAUCCGAAUAUGGAAAAUUCUACAUGGGGGAUAGCUAUAUUGUCUUACAGACAACGCAAGGUAAAGGAGGUGCUUAUCUCUUUGAUAUACACUUCUGGAUUGGGAAAGAUACAAGUCAGGACGAAGCCGGAACGGCAGCUAUAAAAACUGUUGAACUUGAUGCAGUGCUUGGAGGGCGUGCUGUGCAGCACAGGGAAUUACAAGGCCAUGAAUCUGACAAAUUCUUGUCCUACUUUAAGCCUUGUAUAAUACCACUGGAGGGUGGUGUUGCAUCGGGAUUUAAAAAGCCGGAGGAAGAAGAAUUUGAAACACAGUUGUAUAUCUGUAGAGGAAAACGAGUUGUCAGAAUGAAACAGGUUCCAUUUGCUCGGUCAUCACUGAACCAUGAUGAUGUAUUUAUCCUGGACACUGAGAGUAAGAUUUAUCAAUUCAAUGGUGCAAAUUCCAAUAUUCAGGAAAGGGCCAAGGCUUUGGAAGUAAUUCAGUAUUUGAAGGAAAAAUAUCAUGAGGGAAUAUGUGAUGUUGCAAUUGUUGAUGAUGGCAAGUUGGAUACUGAGUCAGACUCAGGUGAGUUCUGGGUCCUCUUCGGUGGUUUUGCUCCAAUAGGCAAGAAGGUCACUGCCGAAGAUGAUGCUAUUCCUGAGGCCACUCCUGCUAAACUUUAUAGCAUUACUGAUGGACAGGUGAACAUAAUAGAAGGUGAACUAUCCAAAUCCCAGUUGGAAAACAACAAAUGCUAUCUGCUGGACUGUGGUACUGAGUUAUUUAUUUGGGUUGGCCGGGUAAUGCAAUUGGAGGAGAGAAAAGCUGCCAUCCAAGUGGCUGAGGAAUUUGUUGCUGGUCAAAAUAGGCCAAAAUCGACUCAGAUUACACGGCUUAUUCAAGGUUAUGAGACACAUUCAUUUAAAUCCAACUUUGACUCUUGGCCUUCGGGCUCUGCGACUCCUGCCAAUGAGGAAGGAAGAGGCAAAGUAGCAGCUUUGUUGAAGCAACAAGGAGUUGGGGUCAAGGGAAUGACAAAAAGUACUCCUGUAAAUGAGGAAAUCCCUCCUUUGCUUGAGGGAGGUGGAAAGAUGGAGGUAUGGCGCAUCAAUGGCAGUGCCAAGACUCCAUUGCCUGGAGAGGAUAUUGGUAAAUUUUAUGGUGGAGAUUGCUACAUUGUUUUGUAUACGUACCACUCUGGUGAUAGGAAAGAAGAUUACUUUUUGUGCUCUUGGUUUGGAAAGGAUAGCGUUGAGGAGGAUCAAAAGAUGGCUACUCGGUUGGCUAAUACUAUGUUCAACUCAUUAAAGGGGAGACCUGUUCAGGGUCGCAUAUUUCAAGGUAAAGAGCCUCCGCAAUUUGUUGCACUUUUUCAACCUAUGGUGGUCCUCAAGGGAGGUUUGAGCUCUGGUUACAAAAAAUUAAUAGCUGACAAAGGUUUGACGGAUGAAACUUACACGGCAGACUCUGUUGCACUCAUUCGGAUAUCUGGAACUUCCAUUCAUAACAAUAAAGCAGUACAAGUUGAUGCAGUUGCAACCUCGUUGAAUUCUAUGGAGUGUUUUAUCCUGCAAUCUGGAUCUUCAAUUUUCACCUGGCAUGGAAAUCAAUGUACCUUUGAGCAGCAGCAGUUGGCUGCAAAAGUUGCAGAGUUUUUGAAGCCUGGAGCUGCUCUGAAACAUGCUAAAGAAGGAACAGAGAGCUCGACCUUCUGGUUUGGACUUGGGGGGAAACAAAGUUACACCAGUAAAAAAGUUGCUCCGGAGAUUGUCAGAGAUCCUCACUUGUUCACAUUCUCAUUCAACAAAGGAAAGUUUCAGGUAGAGGAAGUUUACAACUUUUCUCAGGACGAUCUGUUGACAGAGGAUACCUUGAUACUUGAUACUCAUGCUGAAGUGUUUGUUUGGGUUGGUCAGUCUGUAGAUUCUAAAGAAAAGCAAAACGCUUUUGAAACUGUCCAGAAAUACAUUGAGAUGGCUGCAUCUCUCGAUGGGUUGUCUCCAAGCGUGCCACUAUACAAAGUCACAGAAGGAAAUGAACCAUGUUUCUUCACAACAUACUUUUCAUGGGAUCAUGCAAAAGCCAUUGCUCAGGGAAACUCAUUUCAAAAGAAGGUGGCGCUAUUGUUUGGGAUUGGCCACACUGUUGAGGAUAAAUCCGGUGGGAAUCAAGGGGGACCCACUCAAAGAGCUUCAGCGUUGGCUGCCUUAUCUUCUGCAUUCAAUCCAUCCUCUGGGAAAUCAGCUCAGUCGGCUCUGGACAAAUCCAAUGGGUCAAAUCAAGGACAUAGGCAAAGGGCUGAAGCUCUAGCUGCCUUAAACUCUGCAUUUACUUCUUCCUCUGGAACCAAGAGUACUGCUCCCAGGCCAUCUGCCGCAGGUCAAGGAUCACAAAGAGCAGCAGCAGUUGCUGCUCUUUCAUCAGUUCUUACUGCUGAAAAAAAGCAAUCACCUGAUGCUUCUCCCACCCCAUCCAUUAGCAGUCCUCCACCAGAAACUAAUCCUCAUGAAGCAAAGACUGAAAAUGCCCAAUCUGAAACAGAGGGUCAUCAAGAAGUUGUGGCAGUCAAGGAGGCAGACGAAGUUGCACCUGCGUCUCAAAGCAAUGGGGAGGAUUCUGAGCCAAAUCAAGAGACAGUGCAGGGGAAUGAUAAUGAAAGCGGUCAAACAUUCAGUUAUGAUCAAGUGAAGGCCAGAUCUGAUAAUCCAGCGACCGGAAUUGAUUUUAAACGGAGAGAGACUUAUCUGUCGGAUGAGGAGUUUGAAACUGUAUUGGGGAUGACCAAAGAAGCAUUCUAUAAAUUGCCAAAGUGGAAGCAAGACAUGCAGAAGAAGAAAGUUGAUUUGUUUUAGAGGCCAAGCUCAUUAAAAUUUUCCACCUUAUAUAUAUUUUGCUUCCUUGUUCCUCAAUUAUAUCGAUCGCACUUCUAAGUUGGAUAUCUGUGGUUUAUUGGGUAGAACAUGCCUGGUUUGCGAUGGUCUUGGCAUUGUGCUGCCACCCCUUGAUGAACGCAGAUGUGAUAUAUCAUCGGUAUUUAUUGUGAUGGCAUCUGAAGAGUGAUUCUUUUUUGUUUUUGUCCUUUUAAACUAUUGCUGCCUUUUGUAAUGCUCGCUCGCAGAUUCUAGUUUGAUAGAGUUUGGGGCAGUUCAAAAUUCUUUUAUUUGGUCAGUAUGCAUUCCAUUUUAUGGUUAUCUGAUUGUUCUCUUAUCUUUUAUUUUUGUUAAAAAGGGGAAGGAUGUAUAUGUACUGCUUUUGUACUCAGAUUCUAAUAUUAAAGAAUGGAAAUUUGUUUGUUGGUUGCUGUUUUACAA